AUGCAACCUUCAAACCAAACACGCAACAUCUGGGCGAACUUUUACUGUGCAAACUUUAUUCCACCAACCCUAAAAAACAGUGGGCGGGACUUGACGGGAGUGUUUGUAUAUCAAAGUGCCAAGAGCGACAAAGCUGAACGUGUGAAAACGACUGUUGAAAAGGGGACACUUAACCCAAUAUGGAAUGUUCCCGUCCUAUUAGAGGAAGUGAAAGCAGAGAGUGAACUUGUGGCCCAUGUGACUGAUGGUUCUAAAGUGAUAUCUACAACAAGCAUUCCACUCUCAUUAAUACACAAAGAAAGAGUCAUGUUGGUAAUGCCGUUGUAUUCUUUGACUCACGAAUUUUCGGGGUUUGCAAAAUUUGUGUUUUUUGAUGGUAACAAGCGUGAGGAUAUCGGAAACGUCAUGUUCAAGUAUGCCGACAACGACAAUAAAAUGUUAGUUCAUCGUGGGUCUGGGCGAUUAGAAUUGUAUGCAGAGAAGAUAAGUGGUGACUCUGCGCAUAUAUUUAGUGCAGAAGUUAAAGGCAAGCGGUUGAGGAAUGUCACAAAGAAGAAGAAAGGGGAGAGUAGUGAUGGGAAUAAGUUUCUGAUGUAUUUUGAAAUAGAUACUGAAGACUCAAUUACUCUAGAAAUUGAUGAUAAAAAGGAAUAUACAACACAAGAAGUGAUUUACUUCAGAGAGAAGACAACAACUUACUCCACAAUAGAAUGUGCUUUAGCAAAAUACACUCUGAAAACUGUUUUCUAUUCACCCGACAAAAUCGAAGAGAAUGAAAUUUUGCCUUCCACUGCAUUUUUCAAAAAGGAUGGCUGGCUGCAACAGGGGGAUAUCCUUACAGAGAGUUAUAUCGAAUUUGAAAAUGAAGAUGAAUUGACAGACUUCGUGACUAAAGAGACGUGCCAGAAGUUUAAUGUUGAGUUCGAUAACACGUGCACAACAACUCGGAUAUCCAACGAUUUGCCGGUACUCAACCCAUAUUAUUAUGAAAUGCCUAUGAAGACUAUAUUGGACAAAACAAGUGACAAGAAGCUUUAUGGCUUUGGCGAAGACUGUCUGAUAGCGUGUGGAGAUCAAGACGAGGACAACAUAUGUAAAACGUUAAUACUUCACCCGCAAAUGACUCUCAAGUGUUACAUGGACAUUUCAAAAUUGGACGAAUCGCUCAAUGAAAUUUUGAAAACAACAAAAUUGAAAACCAAACAACUUCCUUUGAGUUUGUGGGAGAAGGUCAUACAACUCGAAACAAAGUUUUGCUCGACAGACGAGAAGAUUGGGGUGUUGUAUGCAAAAAGUGGGCAAACCUCCGAACUCGAGUUUUUAAGCAACACAACGUCAUCACCACAGUUCGAUGAGUUUCUUGGAAUCCUUGGAGAGAAGGUUGCGCUCAAGGGGUUCAAGAAAUUCAAAGGAGGUCUUGAUGUUACUAAUAAUGAGAAUGGAGAGUAUUCGGUCUAUACAAAUUACGAUAAUUCCGAAGUGAUGUUUCAUGUCUCCACUUUAAUGAAAACACCAAUGGACGAUCCACAGUAUUUGGACAAGAAGAGACAUAUUGGGAAUGAUGUUUGUGUCGUCAUAUUUAAAGAGGGUAACGAGCGAGUCGAUAUCACUUCAUUUGUGUCACACUUCAAUUCAAUUUUCAUUAUAGUGCGACCAAUUGAAGAUAAGGGCGAACCAUCAUAUGAAGUGUGCGUUGUCACAAAGAAAUCAGUAAAUGCUUUUCUCCCUCGCAUCCCAGCGUCAAAAACAUUUAAACGAGAAUGCGCGUUCAAAGAGUGGCUUUUGCAGAAAGUAUUUAAUGGGGAGCGCGCCGCACUUUUAACAGACCAAUUCAUCAAAUCUCACACCGUUGCAAGAAGAGGACUAUUCAAAGACGUAGUUUCCUCUUCGUUGCAAAAAAAGUGA